AUGGUUUUGUUCCCCCUCCUUGUCCUGCAGUCGCUGUGCCGGCCCAUGCAUGGCACACAGAGGAACUGUGGGGCCUGUGGGAGCCGGCCCAAGGCUCGUGGCUCAGGCAUGUCACGCAUUGUGGGUGGCACCAGUGCCCUGCCAGGGGCUUGGCCCUGGAUUGUCAGCAUCCAGGAUCCACAGAGACCAGGCUCAGGGCACAUCUGUGGAGGGUCCCUCAUCAGCGCCCAGUGGGUCCUCACAGCAGCCCACUGCUUCGUCAGUGCCAGGAACAUCAGCAAGUGGCAUGUGGUGGCUGGGGCCAGCAGCCUGUCGCAGCUGGGAGCCAGGGCCGAGGUGCACCAGGUGAAGCAGCUGCUGGCACACCCGGGCUACAGCAGGGCCACCCAGAGCAAUGACAUCGCCCUGCUGGAGCUGGGCCAGCCCGUGCACUGCGGGCACUACGUGCAGCCAGCCUGCCUGCCCGACGGCUCGCUCAGGGUGCCCAAGCUCACCAACUGCUUUGUCAGCGGCUGGGGCUCCACCACGGCCAACGCUGAGGAACUAACUGAUGUGCUCCAGGAGGCCAAGGUCCACCUCAUCAGCUUCAAGCUCUGCAACAGCAGCCGCUGGUACAAUGGCUCCAUCCACAGCCACGACCUGUGUGCUGGCUACCUGCAGGGUGGUAUUGACACCUGCCAGGGUGACAGUGGGGGUCCUCUUGCGUGCCAGGACAAGAACAAUGACUACUUCUGGUUGGUUGGAGUGACCAGCUGGGGCAAAGGCUGUGCCAGAGCCAGGCAGCCUGGAGUCUACACCUCCACCCAGCACUUCUACAAGUGGAUCCUGGUCCAAAUGGGACUGUCCCCAGCAGUAACAACAACUCCAGCAGCACAACCAGGCUCCUCUGCCCCUAGUCAGACACCAGGGGCCACACCAGCUCAGUCAGCCACCACCAGGUCCUGUCCCUUUCCACAGCAGAAGCUGGUGCAGUUCUUUAGUCUUCUGCAGGAGCUGCUGAAGUAUGUGUGGGGCAGCAAGCCCAUCCCGCUGUGCCCGCAGCCCAUCCCGCUGUGCCCGCAGCCCAUCCCGCUGUGCCCGCUCCAUCGCUCUCCGCCCCCUUUCCCCAGGACCGUGCCCCACCGCCACCAGGGGGCACAGCCACUCGCCGCCGCGGUUCGGGCCGGGGCCUGGCUGCGGCCCCGGCUGCGCGGGAGCGGCGGGAGCGAGCGCUGGGGCUGCGAGCCGUGGUCCGGGGGCAGGCGGGAGGGUCUCGCGGGAGCUGCCCGUUCCUCGCAGUUCUGGCCUCAGGCCUGA